UUUGCAUCUGAACUCUUCAUAUAUAUAUGUGUUUAAUAUCUAAUAUCUAUAAUGUUUUUAAUCUUGGGUUGAUAUUCUGAACGAAACGAAAUCUACACAUAAUAGCCUAACAAAUGUUUAGGAUACAACGUGGCCAGUCACCACAGUGUUGGCGCCCUCUGCCGAUUAAUUCAUUGCAGCAGUCUGAGCGGACGAGGCCUUGCGUAAAGAUUAAAAUGAUUUUUUUUGAACAGUGACGCUAGUAAAUAUGGUAUAGAAAAGAAAAGUAAUAUUUACUAUCGAAAAUCAGCUAAAAAGCUAAGAUACACUGCAUCUUUCAUGAUUUAAACAGCGUGAUGAUAGCGUGUGCUGCUUUAGUGGCCGUCAAAUGCCAUACCAGCCGUCAUCAGCACAUGUAGCCUACGUAACUUUACCUUCUUCUCGAACUGCAGAGAGCUUGUUGCAUUGUCCUUGAACCAAACCCAGCUACUUUUUAGCAGGUCAAAAACAACUACACAGGGCUGCUAAUAUGAGCUCGAAGAGAGGCAAAUUGAAACAUAUCAAAAAGGUGCUUAAUUUUGAUUCGCCUUCGCUAGCGCGAUCAAUAAUCAAUGAACAUCCAAACAUUGUACCUGUCGGGCGACAGUUAGAGAGGACACCUCCAGCCAAAAUUGAAAGAGUCACAACACAACGGCAUCCCAGCAAACCAGAUAAUUCUCCAACAUCAGAAAAAGUGGUCAAAGAUGAGCCAUGUGGUCAGGAAAUAACUAAACGCAUUUCUUACAAUGGAUCAAAUGAAGUUCUCCAGCAGCCCGAAGUUAAAGAUGAGAGGAUGUCCAUCAGGAGGUCUAGUUCUACAGUUGCAUCAGCAACAAGUGGGAAUGCAGACCCUGAAAUCUUCAUCCAGGGGAUGCAGGGAUACCAGUGGACAGACACAGACCUGGAGUUUAUCUAUCAAACCAAAUUGAAAAAGCAAGUCCAACAGGCACAGCAAGAGUUAAGCGACAUGCAGAGGUCUCUGAGGAACACGAAACAAAUGCGGGACUUGGCCCUUGCUGCACGUGACAAAAUACAAACCGAGCUCUCUAAGGUGCCGUCAUGUGAACGGAUACAGCAAAUUUCCAUGGAAAUACUUCUGAGGUCCCACAGCUCUAGUCAGCUGGAAGGGCUUGAUUUUAAAGCUCUUAUUGCUAAACUGAAGGUUGCUGAUGUGCAUUGUACUACUGCUGAGGAGAAGACAGAGGUCAGCAAACUCAAGGCGGAGGUGGAAAAAGCACAAGUAGUGAGGGAAAAGGUGGAGAAACUCACGAAGGACAUUGAGAAGGACAAGGAGAGCAUAAACAAAGUCAAGGUAAAUGUGCAUGCGCUUACAUCAGAAAUAUCUGCACUGGAAUCCAAGAUGUCCCGUAAAGAGGAGGCACUUCAGUCAACUAAACCACGGAAAAAAGUCCACAGACGACCUAAAGCCUCUGCCGCUCCUUCUGCUCCUAAACCCCUGAAAACACCUGCAGUCCAAAAACCCUCAAAACACCCUACUUCUCCUUUUACUCCCAAAUUCUCCAAACAUCCUGCUGCUACAUCUACUCCAAAACCCUCCACACAUCCUGCUGCUCCUUCUACUCCAAAACCCUCCAAACAUCCUGCUGCUCCUUCUACUCCAAAACCCUCCAAAUAUCCUGCUGCUCCUUCUACUCCAAAACCCUCCAAAUAUCCUUCGGCAGCUUCUACUCCUAAACCUUCCAAACAUCCUGCUGCCUCUUCUGCUCCAAAACCCUCCAAACAUCCCACUGCUCCUUCUACUCCAAAACCCACCAAACAUCCUGCUCUUCCUUCUACUCCAAAACCUUCCAAACAUCCUGCUGCCUCUUCUGCUCCAAAACCCUCCACACAUCCUGCUGCUCCUUCUACUCCAAAACCCUCCAAAAAUCCCACUGCCCCUUCUGCUCCAAAACCCUCCAAACUUCCUGCUCUUCCUUCUGCUCCAAAACCCUCCAAACAUCCUGCUGCCCCUUCUGCUCCAAAACCCUCCAAAAAUCCCACUGCUCCUUCUACUCCAAAACCCUCCAAACAUCCUGCUCUUCCUUCUACUCCAAAACCCUCCAAAAAUCCCACUGCCCCUUCUGCUCCAAAACCCUUCAAACAUCCUGCUCUUCCUUCUACUCCAAAACCCUCCAACAAUCCCACUGCCCCUUCUGCUCCAAAACCCUCCAAACAUCCUGCUCUUCCUUCUACUCCAAAACCCUCCAGAAAUCCUACUGCCCCUUCUGCUCCAAAACCCUCCAAACAGCCCACUGCUGAUUCUCCUCCAAAACCCUCCAAACAUCCUGCUGCUGCUCCUGCUCCAAAACCCUCCAAACCUCGUGCCACCCUAAAGGCACAGACUGCCUCGAAACCUUCCAAAACCACCACUGGCUCAAAGACCCCAGAGGCUGAGGUCAUUGGCCUCCGCCGCUCUAAAAGAAUCGCUGCUAAGAAAGAGAAGUGAAGAAUUUGCUCAGAAAUGCCCCAUUUGAGUAAAGUUUACCUCAGGAAGUCUUCUUCAAGUGCUCUUUCUCUCAUUUAUUACAAGCCUUGUUUUACUCUGCAAGGACUUUUGUUUAGACUUUUAGACCUAGAGGACACUCAAUGGUGGUUAUUCACUAAUCAGAUGUACUUCUGUCAGGAUUUACUUUACAGUUUAAUGAAACUACAUUAAAAUGUCUUGAACA